CAACUGAGUGGCAGCCGCUUCCCCGGGUUAGGCUCCUGCUCCGAAGGCUGGGUGGCCAGGUCUCCUGAUGACGGGCUGUGGCCCUGCCCUGCAUUUGCCAUGCAGCACGUUGUGAGUGCGCACUGCUUACUGGUGCGGAGAGGCCUCCUUGGAAGGGACUUUGUUAUAGCCAGGACUCUCUGCAGACCAGGCUCCAGCCAACCUGGGGAGAAACACCCUGAGGAGACAGUUCUGUAUCAUCGUCUCCCAGCUCUGGGGAGAACCCUGGGGCGGAGCAUUCAGCAGCGAGCUGCCUUGACAGCCAAGACUUGGUGGGACAGAUAUGAAGAGUUUGUGGGGCUCAUUGAAGUGCGAGAGGCCCAGGGAAACGUGACUGAGGCAGAGAAAGUGUUCAUGGUGGCUCGUGGGCUUGUCCGAGAGGCUCGAGAGGGUCUGGAAGUUCAACAGGCCAAGCUGAAGGAGGUGAGGGACCGCUUGGACCGUGUCUCCAGGGAGGACAGCCAGUACCUGGAGCUGGCUACUCUGGAGCACAGGAUGCUGCAGGAGGAGAAGAGGCUCCGAGCAGCCUACAUGCAUGCAGAAGACUCUGAACGUGAGAAGUUCUCUCUCUUCUCCGCAGCAGUGAGGGAGAGUCAUGAGAAGGAGCGUGCAAGAGCUGAAAGGACUAAGAACUGGUCCCUCAUUGGGUCAGUCCUGGGGGCUCUGAUUGGUGUGGCUGGCUCUACCUAUGUGAAUCGUGUACGGCUACAGGAGCUGAAGGCCUUACUCUUAGAGGCACAGAAGGGGCCUGUGAGUCUGCAGGAGGCCAUCCACGAACAGGCAGCUAGCUACUCCCUCCAGCAGAGGGACCUCCGUGACCUCAUCAUGGACCUGAAGGGGCUGGUGCAUGCUGGGCAGGGCCAGGGCUCUGGAUCACCAGCAGGUAUUUCCCCGACCAGAGAGAAAGACAUAGAUAUCCUUUCAUCUGCUUUACAAGAGCUGCUUGCAAAUUCCCAGCAGGUCCAUUCCUGUCUAGAAGGUUUACGAGAGCGGCUUGAUGUUCUGGAUAAGACCGGCAGCCAAAUAGUUGAAGUGAUUCAGCUUGCAGAGGCCGCAGCACACCCAGGCCUGGGAGAGGCAACAGACGGAACUCUGCCUAGCUCCUUGCUGGCACAGGGGAGUAUGAUGUUGGCCCUGUCCAACACAGAACAGAGGCUAGAAGCCCAAGUGAACAGGAACACCAUCUACAGCACACUGGUCACUUGUGUGUCAUUUGUGGCCGUGCUGCCUGUGCUCUACAUGCUGUUCAAGGCAAGCUAGCCCUUUGGACCUGCUUCCACAGGGCCUAUGGGGUGAGAGCAGCUUUCGUUGGUGAAUCCCAGCAGUGAAGUGACUCCUGGGGUGUACAUAGCCUUCGUACCAUUCCUGUGGCUCAUGAGGCAAACUGCUUUGUAGGCAAUGCUUAUUCAUCCUAAUUAUCAAAACUUUAUGCUCAUGUUUAUUAAAAUGUUUUCGAGUUUAUAUUCUUUA